AUGGAGAAGAAGAACCUCAGCAGCCCAGUGACAGAAUUUGUCCUCUUGGGCCUCACCCAGAGUCCUGAGCUGCAGCAAUUCCUUUAUGUGGCUCUCUUCAUAAUCUGUGUGAACACCUGGCUGGGAAACUUCAUCAUCAUCACCACUGUGAUUAGUGACCAUCAGCUCCACAUGCCCACGUACUUCCUGCUGCCCAACUUGGCUUUCCUAGACCUCAGCGACUCAUCAGUCAAUAGUCCAAAAUUGCUCUCAGGUCUCCUCUCGCAGCAUAAAACCAUUUCCUUCAAUGAAUGCCUUCUGCAGAUGUUUUUCUUCCAGUUCAUGGCUGGCACUAUAGGGUUAUUAUGCCUUGUGGGGAUGGUGAUUGAUUGGUAUGUGGCCAUCUAUAAACCACUGCGGUACUUGACUAUCAUGAACCAGCGUGUGUGCAUGGGGAUAAUGGUCAUCAAACUGGCCUGCAUUGACGUUCAGAUGGCUGAACUGCAGAUGAUCUUCAACAGCAGGACACAGUGUAUGGAGAGUGAAAUGUCCAACCGAACCACCGUGACCGAGUUCCUCCUCCUGGGAUUCUUUGACAUUCAGGAGCUGCAGAUUUUGCACUUUGUGAUGUUUCUGGUGAUUUAUCUGGCAGCCUUGAUGCGGAAUCUUCUCAUCAUCAUAGUUGUUGUCUUUGACCACCACCUUCACACCCCCAUGUACUUCUUCCUGAUGAAUUUGUCCAUUCUAGUCAUCAGCUUCAUUUCUGUCCCAGUCCCCAAAUCCAUGGCCAUCUCCCUCAUGAACACCAGGUCAAUUUCUUAUUCUGGAUCCUUUGCCUACCUGAAACCCUCCUCCAGCUCAACAUCAGUUCUGGAUCUCAUGGUGGCUAUUCUCUAUUCUGUGAUGCUUCCAAUGAUGAAUCCAAUCAUCUACAGCAUGAGGAACAAGAAGAUCAAAGCUGCCCUGAGGAAACUGAUGGCGGGGAGGUUAUUCAUCAAAAAUGAACUGUCCAUCUUUCAUCUUUGA